AAUCCGGACCGGAAGUUAGACCGGAAGCAGAAAGAGGCUGAUGUAGCUAGCCAGCAGUCUGGAUUAGCUGUCCACGUAAUUUUGUUGGAAAUUCGUCAAAUAUCACAAUGAUACGGUUGAAAAAUAUGCUGUGACCUUGCCAAACUUUAACUGUAAACACGGAGCAGGCAAUAUUUGCAACUACUAUUUUUAUAGUUUUGUAAUCGGGUUUAGCAAAGCAGUUAGCUAGCUUCCUGGCUGCCGUUAGCCUAGCUAGCUAACCUUUGUCAAAUUGUAAUGGCAAGUGCUACUAGUAGCGAGGCUAUUUCAUUCGCUAGCUAACGUGACCUCGUGGUGAACAUUUCAGAGAAGGACGUGGACGAUUUCAGAAAUUCAUUUCCCGCUACAGCAUUUAGCUAGCUGCUUCAACAAUUCCAGAAGGAUUCAAGAUGGAGGAGGACUUUGGUGGGCCGUCCCCGUCCUGCUCAACUGAACCCCAACCAACGCUGUCACUAGGUCCUGACAGUAACCACGGUGACCGGGACUACACACCACAGGGGCAGGAGAUUGGUUACCCUGGAGGCCUUGACAGCUUCAGUGAAAUACCUAGAUUUAACAUCGUAGUCAAAGAGGAGGAGGAAGAUUUAGAGGAGUGGAGUUUUAAUUAUACAGGAGAGAGUCCAAACCCCAGCUCUAGUGAUGAGGCAUCAGCAGAACGACGCCAGGAGAAUCGCCCAGCUAAGAAGACAUUUUACCGCUGCCCGGAGUGUGGGAAAGAGUUUCCUCACCCAUCUAAACUACAGAGACAUCUUAGAACGCACACAGGAGAGAAACCAUAUCCUUGCUCUGUGUGCGGGAAGAGAUUCAGUGAUACAGGGACCCUCAAAACACACGAGAGGUUGCACACAGGAGAGAAACCAUACAUCUGUCCAGAAAAGAACUGUUGGAAGAGGUUUGUCAGCCAAGGAGAGUUAAAACUGCACCAUCGGACACACACUGGAGAGAAACCUUGCCACUGCUCUGUGUGUGGGAAGAGUUUCUCACGUAUGUGGCACUUGAAGGUCCACAUGAUGACGCACGCCGGAGAGAAGCAGAGACUCAGCAUGAAAAAACCUUUCCCAUGCUCUGAGUGUGAGAGGGGCUGCAACUCUGCAGCAGAGCUCAAGAUGCACCAGAGGAUGCACACUGGGGAGAGACCUUACCAGUGUUCCACCUGCAAAAAGACCUUUGUUUUCCCAAGCUCUCUAACAAGACAUGAACAAUCCCAUAUAAGCGAAGCGAAUAGUACCGCCAAGCCGUACAGCUGUUCAGAAUGUGGGAAGGAAUUCACUCAGCCGUGGACCUUAAAGAUACACAUGCGCCAGCACACCGGAGAGAAACCGUACCACUGCUCUCAAUGCGAGAAGAGGUUCUCGUCAUCGUCACUCCUUAAGAGACACCAGAGGGUUCACACCGGAGAGAAACCAUUCCAGUGCUCCGACUGCGGGAAGAGUUUCUCCUCGUCAGCGAAUAGAACCAGUCACCGUCGUCGUAUCCAUGAAGGUAUACCGGGUGGGUCACAGCGGCAGGAGGCCACCUCUGUGGAUGGUACCAGUAAGGCUUAUGUUGACCAAAACAACCAGGUUGAACCCACAGUUGUAGAGGAGUCUGGUCUCAGUCUAGUACUAGAUGUCAAAGUAAAAGAAGAGGAGGAAGAUCCUGCUUUUGCAGAGAGACCUGACCAUUGCUCUGAGAGUGAGGAGAGUCCCUCUACAUUAGGAGGCCCUGACCAACACCAGGAGAACAACAAAGCUCUGGGCCCUCACAUCUGCUCAACGUGUGGAAAAGAACUAUCCAGCUCCUACAAACUAAUGCUACACCAGAGAACACACACAGGAGAGAAGCCUUACGAGUGUAUGGUGUGUGGGAAGGGCUUCUCCCAAGCCGCAAACCUCAAGACGCACCAGAAAGUGCACAGUGGAGAGAAGCCGUACCCCUGCUCUGACUGCGGGAGCAGGUUUACUCACAUGGGAGACUUGAAGAGACACCAGUUGUUGCACUCGGGUGAGAAACCUUAUAGCUGCCCCGAGUGCGGGAAGAGUUUUUCUCAGUUGGCACACCUAAAAUCUCACCAACAGACACACACAGGGGAGAAACCUUUCCUCUGCGCUCAUUGUGAAAAGACUUUCUCCACUGCGGCCAAGCUGAAGAACCACGAGAGAGUGCACACUGGCGAGAGACCUUACUGCUGCUCCUACUGCCCCAAGCGCUUUGCUCUAUCUGGGACACUGGUGAAGCAUGAACGACUCCACACUGGAGAAACGCCGUACCAAUGUGGAGAAUGCGGUAAGGGAUUUGCUCAACUGGUGUCCUUGAAAAUACAUGCCCAAUCACACACUGGAGUCAACUUCUACAAAUGUUUCCAUUGUGACCAGAGCUUCUCCACUUCAACCAAGCUGAAGGAACAUCAGAGAAUCCACACUGGGGAGAACCUGUACCAAUGCACCGAAUGUGGGAAGAGUUUCACUAUCGAGUCAAAACUGCUGAAACACCAGAGAGUUCACACUGGAGAGAAACCGUACCAGUGCUCCGGGUGUGGAAUGAGGUUCUCGCUCUCUGAGAACCUACUGAGACACCAGCGUAACUCUUCAGGGAUCUGUGGUGCUGUGAGCCUUAACCAGGCUACUGGGAGUGGGAUUCUACUUCUACAAGAUGCUGCUGUCUUCCCGAAUAUACUGGUCAAGGCUGGGCACAAACCCACAGAGUCUCUGCCUACUGACCAGGGCCAUAGUGAAGCCUCCACUCAAACUGCUGGGAUGACUGGUAACACUAAAGAGGAGCAGCAAACACUUGGACUGAAGAUUAAAACUGAAGAACUGGAGGAAGAGGAGGAGGAGGAAGAAGAGGAGGAAGAAGAAGAGGAGGAGGAAGUUGUUGGGCUGAUUAAUUCUGAUGGAGAAGAAAUGGACUGGGAUCCUUCUCUUCUUGGAUAUAAUCCCAGUCAGAGUUCUGACAUUGAAGAGAGUCCCUCUACAUCAGGAGAACCUGAACAUCACCAGGAGAAUCACACAGCUAAGAGCUCUCACUGCUGUUCAGUGUGUGGAAAAGACUGCCAAAAAUUAUCGGCGCUACAAAAACACAUGAGAAUUCACACAGGAGAGAAGCCUUACCACUGUACUUUGUGUGGAAACCAAUUCCGUGAGAAGGGACACCUGAAAGCACAUCUGAAAACUCACACUGGAGAGAAACCUUACCACUGCCCCACCUGUGGGAUGAAGUUCGCCCAUUUGGGAGCCAUGAAAAUACACCUGCUGACACACACUGGAGAGAAACCUUACCCCUGCUCUGUGUGUGGGAAGAGUUUUACCCAAUCAUCGCGUUUGAAGCAACAUUUCCGGACGCACACAGGAGAGAAACCUUAUUCCUGCUCUGUAUGCAGGAAGAGUUUUGCAAGACCAGCAGACCUUAAAGUCCACCACAGAGAUCACACAGGGGAGAAACCUUACAGCUGCACUGAAUGUGGCCAGAGCUUCACCAGUUCCCACAACCUAUGGAAACAUCAGAAGACCCAUCUACCACCUGGACUACCACAACCUGUUGAGUUUGACAACCACAACCAAACACCAGAGAUGAAUGCUGAAAACGAAGGACUGAAGGAGGAAGAUGAAGAGGAGGAAUUUAGUGUUCUGAUCAAUUCUGAUGGAGAAGAAGUUGGAUUGGACUUGGAUCCUCCUCGUCUCAAUCCUCCUCUGAGUUCUGAGGAAGAGGAGAGUCCGUCAACAUCAGGAGAAACUGAACAACACCAGGUGAACCACAAUACAGCUCUGAGGUACAGCUGCUCUGUGUGUGGGAAGCAGUUCAACCACAAAGGACAUCUGCGAAGACACGAGAGUGUACAUUCAGUUGAAAAACCUUAUGGUUGCUCAGACUGCGACAAGAUGUUCGGUUCCACCAUAGCUCUGAAUAGACACAAGAAGUUACACAGAGAAGAGAAACCUCACAUUUGCACAGUGUGUGGUAAAGGUUUUGUUCAACUGUCACGUUUGAAGGAACACUACCCGACGCACUCUGGAGAGAAACCACACUGCUGCUCUGUGUGUGGGAAGCGCUUCACUACUGCGUCGUACCUCAAAACGCACAGCAAAGUCCACCUGGGGGAGAGUCCUUAUACCUGUAACAUAUGUAGGAGAGAUUGCCAGAAGUUGUCCGCAUUCAAGUUACACAUGAGGAUCCACACAGGAGAGAAGCCCUUCAGUUGCGCUGUGUGCGAGAAGCAGUUCACUCAGAAAAGACAUCUGCAAGACCACCAGAAAGUACACACUGGAGAGAAACCGUACCCCUGCCCCCACUGUGACAAGCGGUUCAGCUUCUCCUCCGCCUUGAAAAGACACCAGCAGUUACACACAGGAGAAAAACCCCACUGCUGCUUUGUGUGUGGGAAUAGUUUCUCUCAAGCAGGGCGCCUGAAAGAACACCUACAGACGCACUCGGGAGAGAGACCUUUCUCCUGCUCUGUCUGCGAGAAAACCUUCAGAAAAGCUUCUGAACUCACGAUACACAACAGAUCGCAUACAGGAGAGAGACCGUACAGCUGUGCUGAAUGUGGUAAGACAUUCACCAGUUCUAUGAAGCUGGGACGACACAAGAAGAUCCAUCAGAACACAAAAACUGAAGAGGUUCUGACUAAAGAUGUGAAGAGUAUUCCAUGAGUAUUGAUGAUGAUGAAGAAGUGGAGGCUGCCUCCGCAGUUAGUGGAUGCUAGUAGGGUGAAGAGGAGAAGGAGCCUCUACAGUCAGUGGAUGCUAGUAGGGUGAAGAGGAGGAGCCUCCGCAGUUAGUGGAUGCUAGUAGGGUGAAGAGGAGAAGGAGCCUCAACAGUCAAUGAAUGCUAGUAGGGUGAAGAGGAGGAGCCUCUACAGUUAGUGGAUGCUAGUAGGGUGAAGAGGAGGAGCCUCUACAGUCAGUGGAUGCUAGUAGGGUGAAGAGGAGAAGGAGGAGCCUCUACAGUCAGUGGAUUCUAGUAGGGUGAAGAGGAAGAGGAGGAGCCUCUACAGUCAGUGGAUUCUAGUAGGGUGAAGAGGAAGAGGAGGAGCCUCUACAGUUAGUGGAUGCUAGUAGGGUGAAGAGGAGGAGGAGGAGCCUCUACAGUCAGUGGAUUCUAGUAGGGUGAAGAGGAAGAGGAGGAGCCUCUACAGUUAGUGGAUGCUAGUAGGGUGGAUAAUCGUGAUGAUUGAAAGAGUGCCGCUUGAUGACCGUUGGUCUCCUAACGAGGUGCCGGUUUAGACUGAGAAUGAUGAACAAUGAUGACCUCAUAACGUAAAAAAUAUAUAUAUAUAUCUGCACACUGAUGCAUGUUUCCAAGAAUUGUAUUAUUUUUAUUUUAAGUGAGCAAUGUUUUUUGUGAAAGGUUAAUGGUUUCAAGAUUAAGACAAUUUGUAUCAAAUACAUUUAAACUGUAAAAAAGAAAAGAAGCAUGAAAAGGUGCAUAAAGACAGAACAGUAUAAAGCAGAUCAACAACAUACUAUCACACAUCAGUCAAUCCAACGUGAGAAAUGACAUGAGCCAACAAGCCCCGGUGGUAUCUAUCAAUGUUUUAAUUAAGUGAUCAUUCUUCUUUCUAUUUUAUUAUGGUUCAUUUCAUGUGAUUAAUAUGCUAAUUAUGCAACAAUCCAAAUAUUAGGUUUGUAGUCCAUAGAGUAGCUCUUCUUCCCUGUUCUUAACACUUUACAAUAACUUGUCUUUUAAUAUCAAUGUUCAUAAUCUUAGCAAAUGAUGUUAGUUGUUUGAGAAAUGUAGGAUAUUGCUGAAAGAAGCGUGUGUGUGUGUGUGUGUGUGUGUGGACAAUCAUUUCAGAAUGAGGUGUUUGUGGAAUAUUGAUAUGGAUGUGAUGUCAUAAUCAUGUUACGUGAUGUCAUAAUCAUGUUACGUGAACAAUGGAAAUAAAAGUAUAGAUGGUGAA